CGUGGCCAUAGUGCAGGGGGCGUGGCCAUAGUGCAGGGGGCGUGGUCGUGCGCUCGGUCACGUGGUUCUCGUUCUGGAAACCUCGCCUCGCGCAUCAUGGACGGAACCGGAGACCGAUCGACACACGCCGCCUCUGCGAAAUGGUACGACAGGAAGGAGUACGUGUUCCUGGAUUUUUGCAUAGAGGACAGCAAGGACGUGACCGUAAAAUUUGAAAGCGGAAAGCUCUUGUUCAGCUGCGUGGGAGGAAGCGAUAAAGAAAAAUACCACAAUGAAGCUGAGCUCUUUGAACAAAUCAUUCCAGAAGAUUGCAAACACAAGCGUACAGACAGAUCAAUACAUUGCUUAAUGAAGAAAUCCAAGUCUGGAGUGGCUUGGCCUCGGCUCACCAAAGAAAAGAGCAAGCUGAAGUGGCUGUCUGUCGACUUCGACAACUGGAAAGAUUGGGAGGAUGAGUCUGAUGAAGAAAUGGGAAAUUUUGACCAAUUCUCUGAUAUGAUGAACAAGAUGGGAGGUGAAGAUGAAAUGCCUGACAUGGAUAGUAUGGAAGAUGACGAUGGAGGUACCGACAGUGAUGAUGAAAAACUUCCCGACUUGGAGUGAAGUGGACACGUGGCAGCUUUAUAGGAACCAUCCCAUUUACUGGCUGGUUUAGUUUGUUUUCAUGGUUUAAUUCACAGGGAUUAAGUUUUUAUCAUCUAUGCUUAAAUGUAUCCUACACAUCCACAUUGCAGCAGUUUGUGUAUUAAAAUGACUAUACAUUCUAAGAAGGUAGUAUGGGAGGUAGCCAUAAACAUUUUCCAACGAAUUAAAAUUCUGGACAUUGAUCAAGAUCCACGUACAAAUGUGCUGCUUUAUUUUCCAUUUUAAAACGUUUAAUAAAGACCUUUGUAACUAAUAUUUGAACUUUAGUUUGUGAAUUCCCAAAUUGGUAAAAUACGCAAAAAGUCAAAACUUCACUUGUCAACCAACGUGUAGGAGAACUCAGUGCAUUUCUCAGGCCAUAUAAAGCCAUGAAAAAAACAA